GGGUAGUACUAGUGUUACUCCUACGGUCUAUGGAGCUCCUGCUUCCAGGGCAGGCGCAGCUUUGGACGGUGGUCAACCUCCAUUGCAAAACGGUAAUUAUAGCCGGAACUACACCAAUGCAGCAGAAGAGCACGACAACCUCGAGGACAAGAAAGAAC